CUUAAGAACAGAUAGGAAGAGGUAGCAUUUUACAUCUUGCACUUGAGAAUGGACUUUGACUACCAAAAGAUUAAAGAUGCUGAAUCUCAGCAGAGAGAAGAGAGAUUGAGCGCCCUUCCUUCCCUUUACCCAAGACCAAAGCCCCGUCCAUCUGUAGCUCCAGAGAACCAUCCCACAACCAAGAAACCUCCCGUAAAACCCCGGCGGAGCAUAAAGUGUCGUCCCACAGCACAACAGCAGAAGGAAAAUGAGGUGAAUCUGUCAAGAGAAGACCGGUGUCGUCAUUUCAUAAUUGAAGAGGAGGAGUAUGGAUCAUCUGGUAGUGUAUAUCUAAUUGCUGGAGAACACAGCCGUCAUAGAAGCCUGGAUGACCUAAUCAGCUACUACACCCAUAAUCCUGUGGGGCCUUUUAAUGAGAUGUUGACUGUACCCUGUAUGCAGCCUGAUGGGGGUUUUGCGGAAAUUAAUAGGUGGAGGGUGAAAGAUGAGGAAGAAGAGAGAAAUGGAAAAGCAAUAGAUCGAGAGGAGCAGACAAAACUGCCCAUGGCCAUCGGUCCAGCUGUUCUGAAUUCAUUACCCACAAACCCCUCCAAUAAGACCGCUUCUGCUACAGAAGAGCCUGUGCAGUAUGCAGCCGUGAGAAAGCCACUAAAAAAGACCCACUCGCUGCCAGAAUGCAAGUGUGGAACUGAAACAGCGCCUCCUGGGCUAGAA